AUGAAACGAAAUUCCAUCAAUCCGAACGCAUGUUCAGAAGACAGCAAAAAGAGGAAAAUGAAUCAGCUCGAGUCCUCCGAAAGCUCCUCUCAAUUUUCAAUCGAAAAUACACAACUCGAAAUUGUGCAUUUAUUUGAUUUUCACACAGAUGAAGAAUUCUCAACAAAUCACAUCAUGGAAAAAUUCCAUUACAAAAUGAGAUCUCGUCCAUUGGUUCCUUUUUCUUUGAACUUUGAAUUAAUUCAAACAUUCGGUACAGAGGCAGGUGGGUUCAUGGACUAUGGUGACACUAAAAAUUUCAUUGUCCAUGCUUGUUAUGCCACCAUUUCACACAAAUUGAAUCUUGUCCUCAUUUGUGAUCCAUAUUUCAUUAGAGGAAGAAUUCUAACAUUUGAUUUGAUAACUAGACAAUUUUCCAAGUCAAUUUAUUUGAAUAGCCCUCGGUGUAUGUGCAUUGAGAAAAUAACUCCUGCUAACAGAAGUUUACACAAUGAGGAAUACUUGAUUGUCUCAUGUAAAGAUGGCUUAUUCAAAUUUGAUGUCAAAUGUCUAUUAGAAACCUAUUCUCAAAAGAAGUCCCUUAUUUGGAAAAACGAUUAUUACAAACAUCCAAAUAUAAUCAGUAGCAUGGACAUAAUGUAUGCUAGCUCUAAACACCGACAAGACGAUAAUUGGAUAUUUAUGUGUAAUCUAUCGAUGGAUGAGUGUGUCGUCGAUAUUUUGAAUGCUCGUACAGGACAAUGCAUUUCAAAAAUUUCAGAUUUUUCACAUCCACCACAUGGCAUUGCUGUUUCAAACUCUGAGCGAUUUGUUGCUGUUGUGGAAAGUAAGGGUUCUUCCAUUAGAAUUUUUGAAAACAGUGAAAAACCAACUUCAAUGAAUCAAAGGGAUCUUCCAAUGACAAAUCAUCAUUGCGAAUGGAAAUAUGUUCGAGAAAUCUCUUUCAAUGAAGACAUGUUUCAGGGUUGUUAUAUUCAGAGAUUACUGGCCUAUGAUGAAGUCUCGAAAAAUCUCAUUGUGUGUGAUAAUUGUAGACACUUGUUAUCGGUGUACAAUGCAGUGGGAGGACACUUAGUCAAAGCUCAUCAGACCACUGACACUCGUUCUGUUUUUUCAUUCUCUGAAUAUUCAUUACCUCAUGCCAUAUGUUUGAAUGAAUACACUGGAGAACUCUUGGUUGGAAAUAUGGAGAAGGGUCAAAUUCAAAUAUUCAAGUAA